AUGAUGAAGGCUAAACGAGUAUUUGUUCAACCCAUUAUGAAACAACUCUUUGAGAACUUGGAUACCUCCGAUUCUCAAGAGCCACCAACUGCUGUCGGUUUUGGAGAUCAUCAACGAGCAUUUGGUGAUACUGGUAAUGGUGGUGAGCAAUCACCAUGUACUCCCACAGAAGGCCCUGGCUUUCAUUUCAAUGAUAACAUCUUCUCAACUCCAAAACUCUGUCCUCCUACUCCAACCAAAACUCCAGCUACAACCACUCUCAAACCCAAUACCAACACAAAAUCUUCAAGCCUUAAAACACCCUUGUUUGAUUCAGAGAGUGAGGAGAGUGAUAGCGGUGAUGAAAACAAGUUUGUCAUUCGCUCACCUGUUCACUUCAAGCAUCAUUCGGCUCAUCAAUCAUCAAGCAGACCCAAUCGGUUUAAGAUUCAACCCACACCAUCCAAGACUCCUUUCCAUAUCAACAACAAUAGAUCUCCACUUGCUCCUGUUUCUACCUUCACCACUACAAGUACUACUACUGCCAAUCCAAACAUGUUGUUUAUGGAACCAACACCGCCUUCUAUCAAACCUCAACAGCAUUCAAAAGCUCACCGUGACUUUUCUCUCAUAAGUCCCAUGGUCAAUAAGAAUUCUUCACACAAACAACAACAACACUCAUCAUCCUUUGCCAAUAGAAGCAAUGCAAAACCAAAUUUUGUACUAUUGGCUCAAAAGAAUGAUGAGGAUGAUGAUGAAUUGACACCUCCUGGUCUCAGUAAGAAGAGACCAUUUGAUGCCAUUCAAAGUCCUGUCAGCACAAAAAGUUCAACCAGUGGUUACAGCAGUGUGAGUAGUCAUCAUCAUAGUAGUGGAAAGCAUUCACUGUUGGGUGGCACUCCCAAUUUCAAUUUUGAUGAACAAACCAUGAUGCCUCCAUCUGCAAGCUCCUCUUCUUCUCCUGAUUCUAAAGUAGUUCCUCCUCCCUGUAAAAAAGUUACAAGUUAUAUGGAUUUGUCUGGUGACGAUUUUACUUCUCCAACAAACAACCAUAUUGCCACGCGUCCACCUCCAAGUACCAUCAAACAGAGUACUGCUGCCUCAACAGCUUCACCAAUGGCCUCAAUGAAUUGGUUUGCAAGUCCUACUGUUUCCAAUCAAGCUUUGGAAACUCCAAUUAUUGAGACAACACCUCCUUCACCCAUUCUUUUCAGCAAUUCAUCUUCUCAACAAGCAACAAGCUCGUUUUUUCAAAGUCUAGCCGAGUCCAAACGUCUGACCAAACACAAUCCUGCCACAUCUCCAAUCCUAGGAAAAUCCUCCACCACACCUCAAGAUAUUUUCCACUCUUGUAAAUCAGUAUCCGAUUUUGAUUAUGAUGCUAUUGUGGAUGGCUCAGAUGGAAUGCUCAGUGAUGACGACAAUGCAUCUCUGGAAGAUUUCAAUGAUAUGCAAAGUCAAAUGCAACCUUCCACACCACCUAGAGCUACUCUCUCUCAAACCACCUCUCCUUCCAUGUUAAAUAUUCAAUUGGUUCCAGGUCGCUUAAACGUCACUGAAGAAGUGCAUGAAAAUCCAUUUUCUCCUGAGCGUAAUUUUAAAAAGACAAAACCUGAAGAUGACUUCUUUUCCAUCAAUGAUGACAAGAAUACUUCUUCGUACCUUCAAGGCAGGCUCACCUCGACUGUGAAAAAAUCUUCUAAAAAGAAGAGACAAUCAGAAGUUACAGAUGCUUCACAUAAUGUGAGUGAAGUGGAUCCAAUUUUCGAAGUGUACUUUUCUAGAUAUUUGGAAGAGUUUGAAGAGCUAGGAGUUCUAGGAGAUGGAUGUUUUGGUAAGGUCACGAAAGCCAAGAAUAGAUUCGAUGGCAUGUGUUAUGCGAUCAAAACGAUGAAGAGAAAAAUCAAAGGCUCCAAAGAUAAGGACAAGAUUCUCAAAGAAGUUCAAGCUCUUGCAACCCUUGUAGAUAAUCCAUACCUUGUAAGAUAUUAUAGUUGCUGGAUUGAAGGAAAGCUUCCUCAAUUUAGUUUAUUUUUACAAACUGAGCUUUGUGAAGGUGGUUCUUUAGCCAGAAGAGUUGGCAAGCAUGUAUUUACGGAGAUGGCUUUGAUUGACCUGAUGAGACAACUUGCUUCUGGGCUCAUGCAAAUGCACGGACAAAAUAUUGUUCAUCUCGAUUUAAAACCUGACAAUAUUUAUAUUACUUGUGCUGAGGAGGACAAGCCCAGAUACAAAAUUGGAGAUUUGGGUCUUGCAGCCAGUUCAUUGGAGACUCUACAGGAUGUUAUGGAAGGUGAUUCUCGAUAUCUUGCAAAAGAAUUAUUGGGCAACGAAAAUGGAAAUAUUGAUUUGACUAAGGCUGACAUUUUUUCUCUUGGUGCCACAAUCUACGAAUGUGCAAUUGGAAGAUCUUUGCCUACAAACGGUGCUGAAUGGCAUGACAUUAGAAAUGGUAAUUUAAAAGAUUUACCCAUGCAUUAUUCGAACAUGUUCAAAGAGGUUCUACUUUCUCUGAUGCAUAUUGAUCCAUUAAGAAGACCAUCUGCCUAUCAUUUGUUGCAGCAUCCCAUUUUCGCUCAACAAAAGUUGACAGAGAAUGAACUCAUUCAGACCAUUCAACAUCAACAAAAUGUCAUUAUCAAAUUGAAGGAACAGGAAGCUGUUUUACGAAGAAAAAUUGAAGAAUUGGAAAGAAAUUCACAUUAA